AUCGACUAAUACGACGAAAUUCACUUUGAGAGAUACUGGUGAAGCAUUAAACAAUCACCUAGCUUGGUGACAGAACUUGUAUUCGAAAAGCAUCUCCUCCGGCUGCCCUCAAUCUCAGCCAUUACAAUGUUUCAGAUGAUGGAAUAAUGAACAGAACAAACGAGAGAAUCGAUCUUCUCAUACAAUACAAUAUAGUUGAAAGGAAGUUCAAUGCAAAAAGGGGUAAUACUUAAAAAAAUCAAGUUUUGAACAAAGGAAGGAACUUCUGGUAUGAUUUCUGACCUGGUUUUUUCGUACCAAAGUAGGCAUAAAACAAAAUCCAAAGCAAAAUGCUGAAGAAAAGAACUGGAAAGGAAACAAAACUUAGUUCUGUUUGGCGAUGUUAGGCAACGUUGUUCCCAUUGAUCAGAUGGUUUCAUUCCACUCCUUUAAAUUCUCCUUCCACCUGCAUGCUCUUCUCACCAUUCACCAUCUGAUAGAAAGAAAAACACACAAAGAGCUAAAGGGGAACUUAAAAGCUUUACUUGGUUGUGGAGAAGAAGAAGAAGGGAGAAGAUAAAGAAAAUGGGUGUUGUGUGGGGUGCUUCACUUCUGGUUCUAGCUAUGGUCUCUUCAAUUGUGGUGGCUGACCCGCUAGUUCCAUCACUUACAAUCUUUGGGGACUCGGUUUCGGAUGUGGGAAACAACAACAAUCUCAUCACCCUCAUCAGGGCAAACUUCCCUCCUUAUGGAAGGGAUUUCGCCGAGCAUAGGCCAACUGGGAGGUUCUCCAAUGGGAAGCUGGCCAUUGACCUCACUGCUGAAUUUUUGGGUUUCGACACAUACCCUCCACCAUAUCUAAGCGAAGACGCCAGCUUGGUUAGUGUUACGACUGGAGUCAAUUUUGCUUCAGGUGCUUCUGGCAUGCUCGAUGCAACAGCUCACCUAUAUGGUGCCAUGUCAUUGACAAGGCAGCUCGAGAACUACAAGGAAUACAGAGCAGGAGUGGAGAGCAAAAUGGGAUUCGAGAACGCAACCAACACGUUCUCCAAGGGGAUUCAUCUUUUGAGCACUGGAACCAGUGACUUCAUCCAGAACUACUAUGUCAAUCCUAUCCUCAAUACCCUCUACACACCUGAUCAGUGGUCUAACAAGCUCAUGACAUCUUAUGCUACCUUCAUUCAGAACCUGUACGGGCUUGGAGCAAGAAAGAUUGGCGUGACAACUCUGCCACCAACGGGAUGCUUGCCUGCAGCCAUCACCCUAUUUGGCCACGGAAGCAACGACUGUGUCGAGAGGCUGAACUGGGAUGCUAGCUCCUUCAACCAGAAGCUGAACACAACUUCUCAGAGCCUCAUGCAAGAACUCCCGGGGCUCACACUUGUUGUCUUCGAUAUCUACAAUCCCCUCUUGAAUUUGAUAAAAAAUCCUAGUGACAACGGCUUUGCCGAGGCGAGGAAGGCAUGCUGUGGGACAGGUGUCCUAGAGACCUCAUUUCUGUGCAAUGCAAUGUCCCCCGGGACGUGUUCAAACGCUACAGAAUACGUGUUCUGGGAUGGAUUCCACCCUUCUGAAGCUGCUAACAAGAUCCUAGCCCAAUCCCUGCUCUCACAAGGAUUGUCCCUCAUAUCCUAGAUUCCAUAGCUCCAUUAAUGCCGCAAACACAAGCUUGAGAAGACAAAAUAAACAAUUCAUUGUUCUAUGAUUCAAUAAAUACACGUACCAAUCUGCAACUAUUAUAUCAAAUUCAUUAUAUUAAUGUUCCCAUAUGCCCCAAGUCUAUGCAGUCCUUUCUUCCCCUACCAUCCAUUUUACGCAGCUAGGGUACCAAAUACCUAGCAUGAAGAUAAACUCAUUACGUUUUAACAAAACUUCAUUCCAAGCAGCAUCUCCAACCGUCCUCCCUAGUCUGAAAUUUGAAUGGAAGUUACUGCAACACAGAGAUAAUCAGCUCAGGUGAGAACCAACAUAACUUUGGUCCAAACACCAAGACAAGGAACUUCUGGUAUCAUCUGUGACCUGGGUUUCAAUCCAAACUAGGAAUACAGCCAAUAAACUAGGCAAAAUGCU